GUGGCGUAAGUGCGUUUCGCGCGUGUUUUUUCCCCCGAAUCCUCGAACCAACCUUUUUUUUUUUUUUUGUUUUGCUCAACCAGAAGCACGUGUGCGCGGGGUGAGUUCCACGUGGAUGCUCUCCAGCGUGCCGAGAGACCAGACCGAACGAAAGUGAGAGCUGGUCGAGGACGCGAAGCGUCUUAGUGCAAGCGACUAAACCCGGGUGACCACUGCGGCGAGAGCGCAGCUAGUGAGACCCACUUUCGUGGACGGGGACGGACCCUCGAGCCCGAGAGAGUGAGAGUUCCCUGCGACGACGACGACGACCCUUGGGGAGCCGAGUGACUUAUUUGGAAGCAAUUAUAAAAGUGUUAUUCCGCAUUUUAGCACCUCUUAGUAUCGUAUGGACUGUUGAUACAGAAUGAAGUGGAUUAUUGUGUUUACGGUGCUAGGCACACUGAUGAUACUGCAGGCGUCUGCAGCCAGCGAGAAGAAGCCCGAAAAGCGGCCUACCAAGAAGGCCUCUUCGGCAAAGCCCACCAAAACGAGGAAAUCCGUUGUCGAGGAGUUCACCGGUCUGCCGCCGGAGGACAUCGACUUCAUCAAAGAGCUUGACCGGCAGUUCAACGAACACGGCAGCAAGAUCCGCAUCAAGGUCCAGCGCGACAACAGUUCGGAUACGAGAAGCGCCAAACGAAACAUUGACGGUGAACUGGGUUAUGGUCACUACAGUAACCAGCCUGAAGGAGGGUAUCAUUUUUCGAAGCAGAAAUACAUGUUAUAUCCCUACGCCCAGCACAACGUUCAUCUGAAAGGAAUGCACUCUACCGAAGAAACGGUCACCGAAUUGGAAAUCACACCUUCGCACAGCUAUGAACUGAAACCGAUCGAGGAAGUUUACCAGGUCUACCCAGAUGGACACUAUCAACACACUACGCACGGGCAACAGUACUACCACCAACAACAGCAGCAACAUCAUCAACAGCAAGUGCAACAACAGGAAGACACUCCAACAAUUGUACUGAAGAUUCCUGGUCCUGCCAAGUAUGCUCAGCACCUGCAAGCUUUACUGCAACAAUACUUGGAGGUUCGAGCUGCUCAGCUGUAUAAGGAACUGCAAGAACAGGAGUACCAGCAUCAGCAGCAUGCUAUCCAACAACAGCAGCAACAACUUAUCCAUCAACAACAACAACAGCAACACUACCACCAACAGCAAGCUCAUCAUCAUCACCACCACCAUCAGCAGCCCCAGCAUGCACAUCAACCUAAGUACAGCCAGCAAGAUACUUAUGCCACACAGGAAGUGUACGUCCCGAUGUACAAAACACACCACAAUACCUUCGUCCCUGUGCAAGGUCAUUACUACGAAUCUCCCAAAAGCAGACCAACCCAACCGGCAUACAGAAAACCAGCACCAACGCACAUUGCAUACCACAGUUCUCCAGCUCCAGAACACCAAGCCUAUCAGUACGAAACCUACCACCCACAGCAAGCUGUUCCACAGCAACAAGCCCAAGUCCAGUAUCAAUACGUCCACCAAGAAGCUCCAACAGCUCAGGAAGAACCCCAACAGGAAUACGUUUACCAAAAACCCACGGUCAACUUCGUUACCCCCACCCCAGAACAAGAUGAACAUCACUACCAGCAAUCGCCCAAGUACCCCAACUUUGCCGAAUACCACGCCCAACACCAAUCGCCCCACCAGCAACACGAAGAAUACCUUCCCGAGCCCAAGCUGGUAGAAAACUACCCAAGCGACAAGCACACUCGAGUCAUCUACAAAUCCCAAUCCCCCAAAGCCCAACUUCAGGAGGCCACCCAAGAGCAGCCCACGUACGCCGUACACCAACCAACAGCCCCAGAAGAACAACCCGAGGCACAACCUCACCAGCAAGACGAACAACAGCAGUACAUCUACCAGGCGGUCUACCCCUCGCAGAUGCCCUACCUUGAGGACAAAGCCUACGUCGAAGCCGUGACGCCCGAAGCAAUCAACGACCUCCACAGUCACGGUUCGUCCCCCGAACCGGAUGUCGAACCCCGCUACAACACGGAACCCAUCGUAGCCAUCACCCAGAAGCCCAAGCAGCAGCUGUACAACUACCACGCGCACUCACCACGGGUCAAUACCGGCCACCGGAUGCACUCGACCAGAUCUGCUAGCGGAAGCAGCAGUAGCACAUCGAAGCGGGCAUCCAGCAAACGGGACGCCCCCUACUCCGAGGAUCAGUUCAAAAAGGUCAACAAAAUGGUACACCGAAUGCGAAAGAAGGGACAGAACACGGCGGCGGCGGCGGCGGCUGCGACGACCUCCACGCAAAGUCAAUCCAGCCCAACCAAGAAGAGUCAGUGAACUCGCUGACCCCCUCUCCCCAAAUUCAGUAUCUAGUUGUAUACCUGUUAGAUUGUUCUUAUUUAAAUUAAUAGCCCGUAAGCUGUGAGAUGAACCGAGAGAUAACCCUAAAAAGUGUUAUGAAAAGCUGUCCCGUUGCUGGGGUGCCGCCAUAUUGAUAUGUGCUUUUCAAAAUUGACCCCUUUUUUUGUUUGGACCUCUCAACAGUGAGUUGACCCCCAGAUAGCUGGAUUGGAAAAAAUGAAAUUUUUGCAGUACCAACGACUCCAACAAUCGGACCGAAACUCUAGUGAACCAUCAGAUCCAGUGUUAAUCUUCUAAGAAUGAUGACAAAAGUAAAGAAAUGACAAGGACACAUAGGCAAUAUUUAGUAGUAAGAAUGUAGAAAAUUACAAAUACAAUAAAAAGUAAAUACAUGACAAA